AUGGCAACUCCUCUUCCUUUUCAGGAUGUUCCCCAUGUCGCAAUUCCCGCGAGAGGCGUUGACUACAGGGGCAAGAUAGUUCUCGCUCCCAUGGUGCGGUCGGGAGAACUCCCAUCACGCCUUCUGGCUCUCAAGUACGGCGCAGACCUGGUAUGGGGUCCUGAGACGGUCGACCGAUCCAUGAUUGGAACCACACAAAACACAAACCCUCGAACUGGCUGCAUAGAGUGGACGCGCACCUCCAACAAUAACUCAACCAGUGUGAUAUACCGCAUCGACCCACAGAGAGAGUCGGACAAACUAAUCUAUCAAAUCGGUACCGCUUCACCCGACUACGCCGUUCAAGCUGCAACACUUGUUGCUCCUUAUGUUCGUGGAAUCGAUGUGAAUGCCGGGUGCCCAAAGCCUUUCUCCACUUCAGGAGGCAUGGGCGCAGCGCUGCUUCGAACUCCGGAUCAUCUUUGUAACAUCCUGACCGCUUUGGUCACGAAAGUGGGAACACCUUAUGAAAUCGGUAUCAGCGUCAAGAUUCGGUUGCUCGAGACCCCUGACUUGACCUCGGAGCUUGUCAAUAAACUGUGUAAAACUGGUAUUACUGGCUUGACUAUUCAUUGCAGGACGACGCCAAUGAGGCCGAGAGAACGCGCUAUCAGGGAGCAACUCCGGAUGAUCGGCGAUAUAUGCAGAAGCCAUGGGGUUGCUUGCCUAAUGAAUGGAGAUGUGAGAUCUCGUGAAGAAGGUCUGGCUCUGGCGAAGGAGUAUGGUGUCGACGGAGCAAUGAUUGCCACGGCCGCUGAAGCUAAUUCGUCGGUGUUUCGCAGCAAGGAGCAGGGUGGGUUGGCAGCUUGGCCGGAGGUUGUCAAAGAGUACUUGCAGCUUGCAAUGAGCGUCGAGAACAAAUGGGGUAACACAAAAUUCCUGCUAUCUCAGCUCAUGCCAGGGAAGAAUCCCGCCUAUCAACCCGUUCAAAAGUCACGAAGCUACACAGAAGUACUCUCGCUUUUGGAGAUUUCUGAUUCAGAUCUUGUGGCGAAGGCAAAAGAGAUUGAUCACAUCCUCCGUUUGGACAUGCCACAAAUAACCAAAGCAGAUAUUAAGCGACAGCACAAACAGGAGAACCGAGAGAACCACAACAAGAAACAAGAAAAGAAGAGGGUCCUGGAACAAAGAGGUGACCAGAACGAACAUAUCCACCAGGAGCGGAACAAGAAGCAAAAAGCCGAGAUCGCAGCAGAGAACUCCGGAUUUGAUGGAGUGGGCCAAGGCGCGAUGGCGGUAGCAGCGUGA